UUCCAUGUCAAAAAGGAAACAGUACUCGAAUGGGACGUCGAAAAAAACCAAGAAAUGUCUCGAUAUAUCGUCGCCGCUGCUUCUGACCGUGGUAUCCCAUGCUGUGUUUUAGUUAGAGAAAGUGGUCAAUGAGAUCGUAUCACUUCGACAAGCUCGUAGGAAAUGUUCAACCUGGCACGAUGAAAAUAAUUAUCGUCCUUUACGACCUCGAGGAACGACAUGAGGCAGUCGAAACACGUAGCUGUUUCGUUAUUUGCACGUAAACAUGACAGCUAUAAAAAGCGCGACUGGUGAACGUUUCAUCGUCAGAAACGCACGAACGUUCGAAACGAGUGGAACGAAAGCAUCAACAAGGAACCGAUCAUGUCUCGAUACAUCAUCGCCAUUAUGGUACUCCUAUCUGCCGCCAUACUUAUCGCUGCUGAACCGGAAUACAAUUGCCCACAAAAUCAGACCUGGGCAUUUUGCGGGACAUUAUGUCAACGAACCUGCAGCGACCCGGAAUUUCGUCUUUGCGGACACCCAUGCAGCGAAUCCACGUCCAGUUGCGCGUGCAACGAGGAUUAUGUUAGAAACGAAAAAACCAACAUGUGUGUCCUAGUGCAAGAUUGCUAAACUUUGGGAAACCAGUGACUUUAAUAAAAGUUCUGGAUUCAAUGUAGGAUCGCGCUAAUGGCAAUGGGAAUAAAUGUAAAACUUAGUGAAAUUAUUUUGACAAUUUCCGCUAUGCAAUAUCAAGGGAAGUCUUGGUAAUCCUUUCGAACUCUUAGCUGUUUGUUUUUCUUACGUUUUAAUAAAGUUACUGAAAAUAUAUAAAUGUA